GUUUUCGCUCUGGGAGGAGGAGGGGAAGGGGCUUGCGGAGGAGCGAGCGAUGGAUGAGGAAAACAUGACGAAAAGCGAGGAGCAGCAGCCUCUGAGUUUGCAGAAAGCCCUCCAGCAGUGCGAACUGGUCCAAAACAUGAUAGACUUGAGCAUCUCCAACCUGGAAGGGCUCAGGACCAAGUGUGCCACCUCCAACGACCUCACGCAGAAAGAGAUCCGGACGCUGGAGAGCAAGCUGGUGAAGUACUUCAGCCGGCAGCUGUCCUGCAAGAAGAAGGUGGCGCUGCAGGAGCGCACCGCCGAGCUGGAGGGCUUUCCGCAGCUGCGCCACUGGUUCCGCAUCGUCGACGUGCGCCAGGAAGUUCUGGAGGAGAUCACCCCGAGCCAGCUCAGCCUGGAGGAGCUCCUGGAGAUGACGGACGAGCAGGUGUGCCAGACGGUGGAGAAGUACGGCGUGAACCAGGAGGAGUGCGCCCGCCUCAACGCCUCGCUCACCUGCCUGCGCAACGUCCACAGGGCAGGCGGCAACCUCUCCAAGCAGGACUGGACCAUCCAGUGGCCCACCGCGGAGCCGGGGAAGGACAGCAGCCCCGCGUGCCCGCCGGAGCCCGCGCCCUGGGCCCGCCCCCACCCCGCGCAGAGCCCCCGCGUGCAGGCCAAGUGCGCGCAGCACUACUGCCACGCGGGCCCCACGCCCGGCACCCCCGUCUACACGCACGUGGACAGGCUCACGGUGGACGCCUACCCGGGCCUGUGCCCGCCGCCGCCGCCGCCCCUGGAGUCCGGCCACCGCUCGCUGCCCCCGUCGCCCCGGCAGCGGCACGCCGUGCGCACGCCCCCGCGCACGCCCAACAUCGUGACCACCGUGACGCCGCCGGGCACGCCGCCCACGCGCAGGAAGAACAAGCUGAAGCCCCCCGGCACGCCGCCGCCCUCCUCGCGGAAGCUCAUCCACCUGAUCCCCGGCUUCACCGCCCUGCACCGCAGCAAGUCCCACGAGUUCCAGCUGGGCCACCGCGUGGAGGAGGCGCACACGCCCAAGGCCAAGAAGAAGAGCAAGCCCCUGAACCUGAACAUCCACAGCAGCGUCGUCGGCAGCUGCGAGAACAUCCCGGCACAGCGCUCCCCGCUGCUCUGCGAGCGCUCCCUGCGCUCCUUCUUCGUGGGCCACGCGCCCUUCCUGCCCGCCACGCCGCCCGUGCACGCGGACGCCAGCUUCUCGGGCAAUACCCUGUCUGUGCCUCGCUGGUCCCCGCAGAUCCCCCGCAGAGACCUCGGCAACUCCAUCAAGCACAGGUUCUCCACCAAGUACUGGAUGGCGCAGACGUGCACCGUCUGCGGGAAGGGGAUGCUCUUCGGCCUCAAGUGUAAGAACUGCAAGUUAAAGUGUCACAACAAAUGCACCAAAGAAGCCCCGCCCUGCCAUCUGCUCAUCAUCCACAGAGGAGCAAGGCUAGUGCGGACAGAGUCGGUCCCCUGCGACAUCAACAACCCUCUCCGCAAACCGCCCCGCUACUCUGACCUGCACAUCAGCCAGACGCUGCCCAAGACCAACAAGAUCAACAAGGACCACAUCCCUGUCCCCUACCAGCCGGACUCAAGCAGUAACCCCUCGUCCACGACCUCCUCCACGCCCUCCUCGCCGGCACCCCCGCUGCCUCCGAGUGCCACGCCGCCUUCUCCCCUGCACCCGUCCCCGCAGUGCACGAGACAGCAGAAGAGCUUCAACCUGCCAGCAUCUCACUACUACAAGUACAAGCAACAGUUCAUCUUCCCAGAUGUGGUGCCAGUGCCCGAGACGCCCACGCGGGCACCCCAGGUCAUCCUGCAUCCGGUGACCUCCAACCCAAUCUUGGAAGGAAAUCCAUUACUUCAAAUUGAAGUGGAGCCCACGUCAGAGAACGAAGAGGGCCACGAGGAGGCGGAGGAGUCGGAGGACGACUUCGAGGAGAUGAACCUGUCCCUGCUGUCAGCGCGCAGCUUCCCGCGCAAGGCCAGCCAGACCAGCAUCUUCCUGCAGGAGUGGGACAUCCCCUUCGAGCAGCUGGAGGUGGGCGAGCUCAUCGGCAAGGGCCGCUUCGGGCAGGUGUACCACGGCCGCUGGCACGGGGAGGUGGCCAUCCGGCUCAUCGACAUCGAGCGGGACAAUGAGGAGCAGCUGAAGGCCUUCAAGCGCGAGGUGAUGGCGUACCGGCAGACGCGGCACGAGAACGUGGUGCUCUUCAUGGGCGCCUGCAUGAGCCCGCCCCACCUGGCCAUCAUCACCAGCCUGUGCAAGGGUCGGACACUCUACUCCGUGGUGAGGGACGCCAAGAUCGUCUUGGACGUCAACAAAACGAGACAGAUCGCCCAGGAGAUUGUGAAGGGCAUGGGCUACCUCCACGCCAAGGGCAUCCUACACAAAGACCUCAAGUCCAAGAAUGUUUUCUAUGACAACGGCAAGGUGGUAAUCACGGACUUCGGGCUCUUCAGCAUUUCUGGGGUGCUGCAGGCUGGCAGGCGGGAGGACAAGCUGCGCAUCCAGAACGGUUGGCUGUGCCACCUGGCCCCGGAGAUCAUCCGCCAGCUGUCCCCCGACACGGAGGAGGACAAGCUGCCCUUCUCCAAGCACUCGGACGUCUUCGCGCUCGGCACCAUCUGGUAUGAGCUGCAUGCCAGGGAGUGGCCUUUCAAGACACAGCCAGCAGAGGCCAUCAUAUGGCAGAUGGGCAGCGGGAUGAAGCCCAACCUCAGCCAGAUUGGCAUGGGAAAAGAAAUCUCGGACAUCCUUCUCUUCUGCUGGGCCUUUGAGCAGGAAGAGAGACCCACCUUCACCAAGCUCAUGGACAUGCUGGAGAAACUGCCAAAGCGGAACCGCCGUCUGUCUCACCCCGGGCACUUCUGGAAGUCUGCAGAGUAG